AAAUAGCAAAACAAAUGACGUCAUCCGCCCGCGACAAACUCUUUUCCCCUUCCAGGUAGCAGCAUGAUGGAGGUGUGUGGUUCUGGUAUUGUUAACCUGAGAGAGUUUGGAUGUGAACAGAGUUUACUGUCUCGACCUGAUGGUUCGGCGUCCUUCAUCCAAGGUGACACAAGUGUGUUGGCGGGAGUGUACGGACCAGCUGAGGUCAAAGUCAGCAAGGAGAUCUAUGACCGGGCAACACUGGAGGUGCUGAUCCAGCCCAAAGUGGGACUGCCAGGUGUAAAGGAGCGUUCCCAAGAGCAGUCUGUGCGGGAAACCUGUGAGGCAUCUCUUCUGUUGUCACUUCAUCCUCGCUCCUCCCUCACUCUUGUACUUCAGGUGUUGCAUGAUGAUGGUUCUCUCCUGUCCUGUUGUCUGAAUGCUGCCUGUAUGGCUCUUAUGGAUGCAGGCUUGCCCAUGAGUUGCCUGUUCUGUGGAGUGACUUGUGCCAUUGACACAGCUGGUCAAAUCAUCACAGAUCCCACUGCAACUCAGGAAAAGGAAAGUCGCGCUUUGAUGACCUUUGCUAUUGACAGCACAGAACAUAGAGUUAUGAUGUCAUCAACCAAAGGAUCGUUUUCAGUUCAUGAGCUACAGCAGUGUAUAGCAGUCAGUCAGAAAGCAUCAGAGAAGAUCUUCCAGUUCUACAGAGACUCCGUCAGGCGGCGAUACUCCAAAACCCUCUGAUGAAGAAGCAGCUUUCUUUUUCUAGAGCUUUUGUAAUGAUGCAUACAAAUAUUGAUUUGUAAUAAAAUAGUUAGCACCC